GAGACAACGAAUCAUCAUGUCUUUCAAGUGAAGAUAACGAAAGUAUAAAUGAAGAAGAAGAUGAAAAUCUUAAUAUUGAUCAUGACGAAGAACUUAUUGAUCAACGUUUACUUAUUGAUACAGCUGCACUUGAUGCAGCUAUUGUUGAUGCUGAUGCUAUUGCAGAUCAAGAAGUCAUCUCACAUAAUAACAAUGACGAUAAUGAACAAAGCGAUUCCACUUCAAAUAACUAA